AUGGAUCUUCUUCACGAGCUUGAGUCCAUGGCUGUGAUCCAACAGGACAAAAUUGAACCGGAGUACGACAAGAUCAAGAGGUGGGAGUCCCUUUUCGGCUACACAUACUCCGAUGCUGCACAGAAGAUCCAGGAUCAUCGAUCCAACUUUGCACGAGUUCAAGUCUCUGAACUCCACUGGGACAUGGUUCGCGAAGAGAAAGAAUCACAGGGCUACGACAAGGAGUCUUACGAGUAUUCUUGUAACCUCCCGCGAACCCAGACAUCGCACGUCGAGCAAAGUACUCAGACCAAAAAGAAGAAGAAGAAGUCCGAUACCUACCUCCUCAGGCUAGAGAGACCUUUCUCCAGCCCCGGGGAUGUUCAAAUGGUCUGCGGUGCUUCUUCCAUGCUGCCCUUGAGAUUUAGCGGCACAGACGACGACGGCGCUGCUGCCUCUUUCUGCAAGGUUGACGAAGCAAUCAUGAAGAUUCUCCUCAAUCACCUUUCCGCCAUCGGUACCGAGUCCGACAUUAAGUUCGACCAACGACUGCUCCCGGCUCAGGACCAGUACCCAGUCUGGUACUUCUUCUAUGGCACCCUUGCGGAUCCUAACGUCCUAAACAAUCUUCUCGGCAUUGAGACAGUUUAUCGAGCUGCAAAGGUUCGCGGUGGCCGUCUUGUUACCUGGGGUGGAAAGUACAAAGCCUUGGUGGAUGCGCCAGCCUACAAUAAGGACUGCGUAUAUGGACACGCUUUCCUUGUUAAGAACAAAGAUCAGGAGGAUUCACUACAAUUAUACGAGACUGACAACUACGAGGUGGUCCGUUGCGUGAUUGAACUGGGAGGGGAGAGAGAGGAAGAGGUCAGAGGCCUUACAUUCCGAUUCAUCGGUGAAACGGAUGUGUGA